UUAUUAAUGAUCAUUUAGUUGGAUAAAUGCAUUCAUACGCGACGCACGUAUGUACUACACUGUUAUAUUACAUCGUGUUAAUCGACAACUUCUAUAGUGACAAUGACGAAGCUGCUCACCUUGGCAGCAGUUGCCAUGCUGGGAGGCAUAGCGUGGUGGCUGUACAACCCAAACCCUCAUCCGCCAAUGCUCGAUCCUGAGGAGUGGUGGGGCCCUGUGGAGCUGAAGGGGAAACAGGAUACCAGUAUACGACCGUUUACAAUAACAUUUGAUGAAAUUAUGAUCGAAGAUCUCAGAAAACGAAUCAAGAGUCAUCGUACACUGACGCCGCCUUUAGAAGGCAUCGCUUUUCAAUACGGCUUCAACACUAAUGAAUUGGAAGGCUAUUUGAAGUACUGGGCAGAGGAAUAUCCGUUCAAAGAGAGGGAGAAGAUGUUAAAUCAGUUCCCACAAUUCAAGACAAACAUUCAAGGUCUCGAUAUUCAUUUCAUCCGAGUCAAGCCGAAGGUUCCAGCAGGAGUUAAAGUCUUACCAUUGUUAAUUCUCCACGGUUGGCCGGGUUCUUUGAGAGAGUUCUAUGAAAUCAUUCCCUUGUUAACUCAGCAAAGGUCUGAUUAUGACUUCGUGUUUGAGAUCAUUGCGCCCAGUAUGCCUGGAUUCGGAUUCUCUGAUAGAGCAGUCCGUCCUGGACUAGGCCCGGCAGAGAUGGCGGUCAUGUAUAGACAACUGAUGCAUAGAUUGGGCUUCAAGAAGUACUACAUACAAGCCGGGAAUUGGGGCUCCGUGAUAUCUGCGGCUAUGAGUACCUUCUACCCUCAAGAUGUAUUGGGACAUCAUAGCAAUGGAGUUUUUGUUCAGACAUCAGGGUCGAUGCUCAAGACAAUUCUAGGCGGAUUCUUCCCCUCUUUUAUCGUGGAAUCUCAUCUGGCCGAUCGCUUGUAUCCCCUAUCCUGGCUGUUCUCUUAUUCUUUAGAAGAGUAUGGAUACUGUCAUCUUUUGGCCACGAAACCAGAUACUAUUGGUAUAGGUCUCUCCGACUCUCCAGCUGGUCUGGCCGCCUUUAUCAUGGAGAAGUUCUCCACGUGGACUGACCGUAGUCAUCGUUCUCUACCUGACGGUGGCUUAACAUCAUUCACUAAGGAACAACUGAUUGACAAUCUGAUGUUCUACUGGGCUUCCAACUCCAUAAACAGUGCGAUUAGGAUCUACGCUAACGCUUUUAGCAACAAGAAUUUAGCCAUGGAUUUGGAUAAUUAUCCAACCGCAGUACCGACAUGGGUGAUGCAAGCUAAGCACGAAUUAUUCUACCAACCGCCUAGCAUCAUAAAAUCCAAGUUCACUAAUGUAUUGAAUUACACCGUUUUAGAUUACGGUGGUCACUUCAUAGCAUUUGAAAUGCCUCGAGUACUGGCUGAUGAUGUCUUCAAAGCUGUGAAGGCUUUUAUCAAUUGGCGUAAAAUUAAUGACAAAGAAAUGUAAUUGAAUAUAAAAAUAUAAUCUGUUGUGUUUAUGAUUAAUAAAAAUUUUUGAAUUUAGAAUUUUAGGUAAUUAAAGUAUGAAAUGAAAC